CCCCAUUAGGCAACUUAUGCAUAUCUUAAUGAUAAUGAUUCUUUCGUUCCUUAUAUUACUAUUAGUUUAAACUUUAAAUCUUUCUGUUUUUGGAGUUUUCCUGGUAGUCUCAAAUGCACAGUUGUAUUUCAUUGUUGAUGGGCAUCAAAUUGCUGUAAUUGUUGUAAUACCAAUUUUUGCCCGGUCCCUAAACUAAUUAUAAAAACAAAAGCCGUGCCACGUCACCAUCACCGUACGGCCUUGCAGCUGACCUGCAAACAGAGAAAACGACACGACAAAAGAGAAAAACCGUAUUUCUUUUCAUUUUUUUAUUUUUGUUUACUUUCUCCCGGCCUAUAAAACGAAGGCCGGGGCCUUUGUACAGUUUUUUUUACAGAGAAAUUAAAAAACAAAAGUAUUCAGAGAGAAAUCAAGAAGGAAAUUCUGAAAGAGUGUCGAUUCAAGUUCGAUUACUAAACUAGAAAGUUUGGCAUGGAGAACGGAUUUCUUGAUAAAGUAGAGGACAAUGCUGUUGUCCGUAUGUGGUCAGAGAAAACACAAUUAGAGAAAGGAGAUAGUCUAGCCGGGGAACACACGUCAGAGUUGUGGGACUACAACCAUAUCAGCGUAACACAAAAUAGUCAGUCGAUAGAAGAACAUUUGCGGGUUGUUCCCUCUGAAUUGGAAAUGAUGAAGCAAGAUUUUGAGAAGAGGAAUGCAGAGCUUGAAAAGAAGAUUGAACAAUUGGAAGAAGAAAAGAUGCACUUGGGAUUAGAUGUGGAUGUUCAAAAGUUAGAGACUGAGAAAUUAAGAAAAGGUAAGAACAAGGCUGAGGAAGACCUGGAAAGUUUGAAGACAGACUAUAAGAAGAUAAGGUUAUCAAUGAGAACUGCUGGGCUAGGGAAGACCUCAGAACAGUGGCGUCAAGAGAUUCGGGAAGAAAAGAACAAGGCUGAUGGAUGGGAAAAGAAAUUUCGAGAGGUUCAGACGCGAAACGGAGCUUUAGAGAAAAGUCUGUCGGAGAACCAAAAGGAAAAAUGUGAACUAAAAGAUAGAGUGGUCGAGUUAGAAAGAUCUCUUCAUCAUUAUCGAAGUCAAAAUUCUGCGAUGGAGUUGAAGGCAAGCUUGAGCAAGAUCGAAGAAAUGAAAGGAAGAAUAGAUGAGUUGGAAUCGGCAUUGCAAAGUUUUGAGAUCCAGACUGAGCACUUGGAAAUCAACGAAAAUCGACAGAAUGAGCAAAUUCACCAUCUUCAGAGUUAAGUUGAAAAUAGAAAUCAUAUCAUGGGAGAAGCCAUAGUUCAAAUCCGAGAAGUAGCUGAUCACCUGCAAACUUUGGCAGUACAAGCCGAUGCACUGAGCGUAAAAUAUGAGCUGGAAUCAAGUCAGGGACAAGAACUAGCUUCAUUACUUAGAAAAAUUAAAGUUCUGAGCAUUAGGGCCAGAGCAUAUAUGUAACCUGUUUUAUGUAAAGAAUUUUGUUUUCUAACAAAGCUUUCUAAAUGAAAUUGAA